UGGCCGGGGAAGAGGUUUUAUCCCGCGGCCCCUCGGAGCCCCGCCGCUGCUCUGCCGCCCAGGCCCAUGGCCGCAGCCCUGGCGCUCGUGGCGGGGGUCCUGUCGGGGGCGGUGCUGCCCCUCUGGAGCGCGCUUCCGCAAUAUAAAAAGAAAAUCACAGACAGGUGCUUCCACCACUCUGAGUGCUUCAGUGGCUGCUGCCUCAUGGACUUGGACUCCGGUGGAGCCUUCUGUGCCCCCAGGGCCAGAAUAACCAUGAUCUGCUUGCCCCAGACCAAGGGAGCUACCAACAUCAUCUGCCCUUGCCGGAUGGGCUUGACGUGCAUAUCCAAGGACUUGAUGUGUUCCCGCCGGUGCCAUAUGAUUUAGAGGAAGAUGCAGGCUGGUCACUGCUCCCUUGGGGCCAUAGGCCCUGGGUGCCACCAACUUGCUCCAAAUCCAGCUCCUGAGACAUUAAAGUCACUUCCUGUC